AUGGAAAACAGAACUCACCAAUUUCUUUCCUCUUAAUUCCUCCUCUUAUGCUUUACUCCUAAUUACCAUGGAGUUUGAUCAUAAUAGUAAACAAGAUGUUUUUUGCACAAUCCCUAAAGAUUAUCUUCAAGAUUUUCACCACCUUGAUCUUACUUUUUCUCUUGCGGGAGGACCAUUAGCCUUCAACACGAACCCUGAUCACAAUUUCACGAUUGAGAUAAAUGGUUAUGAUCCGUUAUUUGACCCAUGUUCGAAUCAUGAUGCAAACUUCUCAUCAAUGGAUCAAGAUUUCAACUUUGAUUAUGAGUUUAAGCCAUUUGAACAAAAUGGUGCAAGUGGUAGCACAUUAUUCAUGAAGAAUUUUGAGAGUUCUAUGGAUGUGAAUUACAACUUUAGCUGUGAUCAAGAUAUGAAGCCUAUCAACUUCAAUGUUGUGCCUGAUGAAAGUUCAUGCAUUAGUACUGUUGAUAAUAAUAGUAAUUUUUAUGGUCAUAAAGAAAUUGGUGGACGAAAGAAUAAGAAGCUUAUAAAGAGCAAUGAGAAAAGUUUAUCAUCUUCAUCUAUGAGAAAAUUAGGAAGGGGUCGAAAGAAGUCAAAAUCAGCCAAAGGUCAAUGGACUAAUGAAGAAGAUCGGAAUUUGAUCAAUUUGGUAGAGAAAUUUGGCGAUAGAAAAUGGUCACAAAUUGCACAAAUGCUGAAAGGGAGAAUAGGGAAGCAAUGUAGAGAGAGGUGGCACAAUCAUCUUAGACCUGAUAUCAAAAAGGAUUUAUGGACAGAGGAGGAAGAUAGGAUCUUAAUCGAAGCACAUGCAGAGAUAGGAAACAAAUGGGCAGAAAUCGCAACGAGACUUCCUGGUAGAACUGAAAAUUCCAUAAAGAACCAUUGGAAUGCUACAAAAAGAAGGCAAUUCUCAAGACGAAAAUGUCGCACCAAAUGGCCAAAGCCAAGCUCUCUCCUCCAGAAUUAUAUCAAAAGUUUGAACUUCGAAACGGAUAAUAUUAAUAAUAGCAACAGCAAUGACACAACCCUUAAUAAUAUUAAUAAUGCACCUAAACUAGAGCCAAUUGAGCAAGUUCUUGCAUAUUAUGAUUUUAGUGAAGUCCCAGAAUUUGCUUUGGACGACAAACUGUUUGAUGAUUUGGAGAUUCGUUAUGAACUAAAUAAGGAGCUUGACUUAAUGGAUUUGAUUCCUAGUGUUAAUCCAGAGAUAUAGGAGUAACACUGUGGAGCACGAAAAUGACUGUAAUUAUAUUUCUUAUGAGAUACAUAUAUAGAGACAUUUAGAAGUGUUUGUUUAA